AUGGACUCCAGCCCCAACGACAACUCCUCCGCAUCAGCCCAGGAUCGCCAGAAGCGCUCGCGCAUCGUCCUCUCCUGCUCGCCCUGCCGCGCCUCCAAGCUGAAGUGCGAUCGCGGCCAGCCUUGCAGCCAGUGCGCCAAGAAGGACCGCGCCAACCAGUGCCACUAUGCGCCUAAACCUGAGAGGAAACGCCCUGCAAAGGGCAUGUCAGCCCGUCUCAAACGCCUGGAAGGCAUGGUCCGCGAGAUGAUGGAUACUGAGGCCUCUGCAGAGGUCGCUGCGGAAGCCUCUGUGCCUAAACCUGGAGAUCAAGAUGACGCGGCACCGGCGGGACCUGCGGUUCGCGGGCGAGUUGUGAGGGGAGAAAAUGCAACGACGUAUGUGGGAGCGACGCACUGUAUGGCCAUGCUUGAGGAUAUCGAGGACCUGAAGAGCUAUUUCGAGCAACCGGAUGAUAUCGAUGAGAUUGAAGCUGGGGAGCUGGACUCAGCAGAGGUGCUUCUGUUUGCCCGGGCUGGCCCUAGGAAUCGUGAGGACUUGCUGAGCUACUUGCCAGAACGAAAGGUUGCAGACAGGCUUAUCACGAGAUACUUUUCCUCUAUGAGUCCGUCUCAACAUAUUAUUCAUCGACCAACCUUUACCAGAGCCUAUGCGAAGUUCUGGCAAGAUCCCAGCAAGGCCUCUCUGCACUGGAUAGCCCAGCUUUUCAUGAUGCUUGGCCUAGGCGUCCUUUUCAACACAUUUAUGAACUUCAGCGAAGUUGAGGGUGACUCUCCGGACCAGCCUCUGGAUAGGAUGCGUCUCUACAAGACCUGCGCCGGAUGGGCGUUGGCUUGGGGCAAGUAUGCGCAGCCGACCAUCACUACCCUUCCGGCAUUUCUGCUCUACGUUGAGUCUCACUUCCUCUUUAACCGCGCCGCCCAGACAAAUUGCUACAUCCUCUCUGGCGUGUGUCUGCGGCUGAUGCUUAAGAUGGGCUUACACCGGGACCCGAGCAAGUUGGCCAACAUAUCCCCCUUCGAGGGUGAGAUGCGACGCCGCAUGUGGAACAUGGCCAUCCAAGUCGAGCUGAUCGUGUCGUUUCAUAUGGGCCUCCCGAGUAUGCUCCAGGGUUUCGAGACCGACACGACAGUCCCGCGGAAUCUACAAGAUGAGGACUUUGACGAAGACUCAGUCGAACUUCCACCCAGCCGCCCCCCUUCCGACUACACCACGAUGACCUACCCGAUCUACAAGACCAAUAUCCUCCGCAUCUUUGGCCAGAUCGCACGACAGGCACACGCCCUUGCACCACCAAGCUACGCUGACGUCCUUAAGCUUGACAACUUGCUGCGGGAGACGUGGCGGACUGUGCCGUCGUUCAUGCAAGUUCGCCCACUCGACGAGUGCGUUGGGGAUCCCCCCAUGCUUUUGAUCCAGCGCUUCGGGAUCGCUAGCCUCUAUAACAAGAGUCGCUGCGUGCUACACCGGCGGUACCUGGCUGAGGCAGUUCCUAAGCGCGAGCAUGACUAUUCGCGGAAGCAAUGCCUCGAGAGCGCGUUGACGCUCCUCGGCUUCCAGCAUACCAUUUGGGAGGCGUGCAAGCCGGGUCAUGUUCUCAGCCAGAACGGCUGGUUCAUAUCAUCGCUCGCAGUGCACGACUACCUGCUGGCAGCCAUGGUGCUGUACCUUGUUAUCAGAAACGAGCAGUACUCGGAGACAGGAGGCGAGUUUGACUGGAUGGCGCAGACGACACUGACACCUACCAAAGCGGAGCUCACUGGCUUGAUCAAGCGCUCAUAUUACAUCUGGGCCGACGUAGCUACCGACGUGCCCGAUGUCAGGAAGACGGCCGAUACGCUGGCCACCAUGCUGGCCAAGUUGGGUAGCCCUGUGGAUGGCCCGGCCAAGAUGCCAGGCGAGACACCGCACCCUCGGACAACGAGCACCGGCAACUCCUCCUCCUCUCUGGGAACGUCCAUGGGAGCACCGUCGAUGGAUCCUAGCCCAAUGGACACUCUUGGAAACGACUCAGAUAUUCUUUCGACUCUGGGGCUUGGUUCGACAUCAGGGCUCGGGGUGAGCCAAGCUCCCUUAUCUCUGGGCCAGCCGGCUGAGGCGGCUGCCAGCAUGAAUUUCCCAGGGGUAGAUGCCAUCGCUGGUGGAUUCUCAGGGGGGCUUGACUUUGAUCCGUCGUGGAUGGAGGAGACUGCGGCUACUAUGGAUUGGCGUUAUCUCGACAUUUCUCUCGCUCACAGUCAUGAUUCUGGGCGAAACGAGGACACGGGCCAAACGUGGAUGGAGCGUCCUCCGCCACUGGAGGACUUGGACAUGAUGGGACCUGGCGGAUGGGGACAAGCUCCCUCCGGAAACAAUUUUUAG